CGGUGAAAGGGCGCGUGUUUUAAAAUGCACAAUAACAACAAACAUUUUUUCCAGAUUUAAUGAACAUUUUUGUCGGUCAUACAUAUACGCAGAAUAAAUUACGCAUGUAUUAAAUAUUCAACAAAUUUCUCAUUGUUGACUAGAAGGUUAAAACACCAUAUUAUCCCAGUUACCUAUUUCGGACUAAUCGCGCACUUCCUGAUGCAAUAGAAGUCGACCAAAAUGGAAAUAGACGACCAAAGUGUGUGGUGUUACCUCCCAUAUCCCGGUCUGAUAAACAUCUUCCAAUAUUUAAACUACAAGGAUCUUAUAUCUGCCAGUGCAGUCUGCCAAAACUGGUUCGAAGCCAGCAGAAAUGAUAUGCUCUGGAAGGAACUAUUUUACAAAAACUUUUUGGUUGAUAGAUCAGUCACUAAUGUUCAAGGUAAAACUUGGUACCAAGAAUUUAAAAGGCUGUGCUAUAACAUACCGGUAGUACAAACUGAAACUCUAGAUAAUCAUGGAAAUCAAGUGUUGCAUGUUAGUUUCUCACACAAUGGAAAAUAUUUUGCCACUUGUUCCAAGGAUGGUUGCAUUAUAGUCUGGAAUUCAACGUACCCAGCUUCAGUCAAAUACUCAACAGACAUGAAGUCAUUUGCCUGGAAGUACACACAGUUCUCCCAGUUCAAUGAAACUGACACUUUACUCUUAGUAUCUGGUGUACAUUUUGGCACACCCCACAGCACUUCAGGAGAAAUUGCUGUGUUCAGUUUGCAGGAUGGUUUCCAACUUCAGUGCAGAGUGGUCAACAAACCGUAUGAUAUUUUUGGCACCUGGUACAGUGAUCAGUAUUUACUAUCUGGAGAUCUACACUGGUUGGCCCAUUUGGUCAGCUCGUCAUACUUAUGGCUGAACAAAGCAUCACAAGAAGCAGAUUCUGAACUUGUACCCAUCACACAUAGUUUAUAUAGGUUUUACAACAGAAAUGCUAGCUCAAUUAGGUCCAUAAUGAUUGCCAAUUGUCUGCCCAAUUCUGAAAAUGUCACAAAGGAGGAGACUGAGAGGGAAAGUGUGAGGAACAUGAACCAGGCUGCGAUUUUUGAGCACGGGAAUCCCGUCAGUCAUAGAGAGUUUAACAUGACAUGCACAAGUAGUAUGAGAGGCCCUGUGGAUACAAUUGCCAAUCCCAUUUGGUACAAUUCAGAGUACAGAAAAGUGGAAACAGAAUUAAAUGAGAAUAUGACUGAACAAGAGAAUGAUAAUGAUAUAGACAUGGAAAAUACUAAAGAUGAAAAAGAGGAGUAUGAUGAAGAGGAAGAUGAUGCCUCAGAUACUUCAACAGAGGACACAGAUAAUAUUGUUAAAAAUGAUAAAUAUUUGAUUUUUACAACAGGAUUUAAAACAUAUACUCCUCAUCAAAUAGGUAUAAAGAGGAUUAAACCGUUCGAAUUUCCGAAAAGGAUGGACUUAGGACCAUCCUUAAAAGAGAGAAUUUUGUUGCAAGAACAGAGAAAAGAACAAUUAAAGUCUGGGUCUCCACCUCCAGACCCAAACUGGCUAAACUUUGAUGAAGUAGCUGAUAAAUUCGACAAAGUUGACCAUUUAAUUGAUUUACACGGACAUAUAGUGGGAAUGGGCUUGAGUCCAGAUCACAGAUACUUAUAUGUCAACAGUAGGUCUUGGCCUGUAGGAUAUCAAAUUUCCAACCCUCUGGAUCCUCCCCCAAUUGCACAGGAGAUUGACAUUCACGUAAUUGAUUUGGUCACCUUAAAGCAAGUGGGAACGAUGUUGAGAGCACACAAAGCCUACACGCCCAACAAUGAAUGUUUCUUCAUCUUUUUAGACGUCUGCAACGAAUAUGUCGCUAGUGGUGCUGAAGACAAACAUGGGUACAUGUGGGACCGACACUAUGGCGUCUGCCUGGCAAAGUACCCCCACUCAGACGUGGUAAACUCCGUAGCCUUCAACCCUAAGGACCCGGAAAUGCUCGUUACCACCUCCGACGACAACAACAUCAAAGUCUGGCGCUCCAGGUCCAAAGUCAAGGAGUUAGGAUUGGACGUGGCGCAGUUCUCACAAGGAAUCGAAUUAAGGAAAGGCAGGAACUCGAAUCAGAAACUCAAAUUCAGCGUUAAGUGUUGGGAUCAGUACACGUUGUUAUGACACCCGCACAAUAACGGACCAUACGCAUUUUGUGUGUGAACCAUCAGUGUCUUUUUCUGCACUGUCUUUUUGCUAUAAACUGGUUUUAUUAUGUGAGUUUUAAGGAUAUAGUUGUUUAAGUCCUUAUAUUGGUCUUACUUAUACAAUUUUAUUUAUGAAUAGUAAAUAUAUAGGUAAUCCAGAUCAGUAAUUUGAAGUGUGAUGAUUGUAGGUAAUUAAAUUAAAAAAAAAGUUCCGAUUGGCGGUUUUCUAGUGUUCUUUCGCUAUAUGAAUUUUUGUGUGAAAUCUAUGUUUAGUCGAGUCAUUUCAGCGUAAUUGUCUGGGCUUUAUUUGAUAGUAUAAAUCCUGUUAAACAGUUGUGAUAAUAUUGCAAUAGUUUCUGACUGUAAUGAUAUUAAAUUUUAACUUAUUGAAGUGAUUUUUAAUAUACUAACAUAAGUUAAUGUUUCAAAAUAAAUUUGUGACAAAAUUGAAAGGAAAAAAAAAAUAAAAUUUUGUUAUUUGAUUAAUUUUGAAAACGAAUUUCAGGAGUUAUAUCUGUGAUUUGCUUCGUUUUAUAAUAAUGUCUUGUUAGCAUGCAGUCAACUAAUUAUAAAAUCUGUGUAAAACCGUCCAUAAUUCGGAUUGUUUUCUAUUAUGAAAUGAAAUAUUUAUUGAAUUUGCAUAUUUAUUGUAUAAUAAAUCAUUUUAGUUAAUAA